AUGGCCGACAACGACGCCCAGCACGAGCAGCACACCUUCGAGUCCACCGAUGCCGGUGCCUCCACCACCUACCCCAUGCAGUGUUCUGCCCUGAGAAAGAACGGCCACGUCGUCAUCAAGGGCCGUCCCUGCAAGAUCGUCGACAUGUCGACUUCCAAGACCGGCAAGCACGGUCACGCCAAGGUCCACUUGGUCGCCAUUGACAUCUUCACCGGCAAGAAGCUCGAGGAUCUGUCUCCCUCCACCCACAACAUGGACGUCCCUAACGUCUCCCGCCGCGAGUACCAGCUCCUCGACAUCACUGACGACGGUUUCCUCUCCCUCAUGCUUGACGACGGUUCCACCAAGGACGACGUCAAGGUCCCCGACAACGAGAUCGGUGAGCGCAUCAACAAGCUCUUCAACGAGGAGCAGAAGGAUACCAACGUCAUCAUUCUUACUGCCAUGGGUGAGGAGUGCGCCAUUGAGGCCAAGGAGGCUCCCAAGUCCGGUUAA